AUGGCGAGGCAAACGUAUAAUAGCAAACCUGAAACAACUGUACAAAUCACUCUCCUUGAUACCAUCCAGACGAUUCAUGCCGCUUGGAGACAGGUCACAUCUAAGACGAUCGCCAACUGCUAUCGGAAGGGAGGCUUUGGCCUUCCUGAGCGAGAUGAAGGUUCGUCAGACGAUGAGACAGACAACAUGGUUCUUUCCGACCUCAGAGUUAUGUGGAAUGAACUGUCAGAUAAAGCAGAAGAAAUCCCGGCAGAUGUCACGUUGGACGACUUCAUCAAUGCUGAUAAUCAAGUUGUUACAGCCGAACGUCCUACUGAAGACGAGAUUGUGACGUCAGUAGCCCAGCAGUUUGCCACGCCCACUGUCACAUCCGCUCCCAACUCUGAUAGUGAAGAUGAUGAACCUCGACCGAAGCAAUCCUUUGCUGAGGCCAAUGCAGCAUUGGAGACACUACGUCAUCUACUUGUUUGUGAAGGUACAGAUAGUUCUAUCUUCGACUCUCUUGCAGAUGUCUGA